AUGCCUGACGUACCUUCAUCCUUUACUUGGUCACGGUCCCCACGCCAAUACAGUCCAUGCAGCGACACAACGUCAUCCAACAACAGCGUUGUUGCUGCAGCUAUGACACAACAAACAAUUCCGAUACAAUCGCGCGAAGAAGCAGCAAAAGACAACAAGGAGAAGAAAUUGAACAAGAAGAGCAGGCAUACAAUCUCCAUGCGCAAAAUGUUUCGCUACGCAACUUUAAGGGACAAAGCAAUGAUCGGUCUGGCGAUGUCAUGUUCAAUUAUCGUCGGUCUCUUGCAGCCAGGCACCAUCGUAAUCUUUGGCUUAUUCAUCAAUUCGACAAUGGAGGAUUAUCAGGAAGGCGGUAGCUUGAACGACAUGGCCAAGAACGCAGCAAUCAUUUUGAUUUCCAUCGGUACUGUUGUUAUGGUGCUUGCCUACAUGGCCAAUAUGCUUUGGGUUAUUACCGGCGAAAACCAAACCCGUCGUGUGCGUCAGCUUUAUGUCCAUGCUAUCAUGAGGCAGGAUAUGUCAUUUUUCGAUAAAGCCGAAAACGGAUCUCUCACGGCCCGCCUGGCAACUGACACACAGUAUUAUCAAGACGCUAUAUCCGACAAAUAUGGUGCCAUGAUUAGGACUGCGGCAGCCACUGCCAUGGGUCUUUUUCAAUCUUUUGCUGUUGGUUGGCGCGUGGGCGCUAUUGUCGUCGCAGUCCUGCCUUUGCUCUUUAGUGUUGGCUGGCUCAUGGAUCGCUACUUGUCUCGAAGCACCCAGCAAGUUCAAGAUGCAUAUGCUGAAGCGGGCAGCGUAGUAGAGCAAGCUCUAGGCGGUAUCCGAACGGUCUACUCUUUCAAUCUCCAAGAACGGUUCUCUCGAUUAUACGAGACCAAGUUGAUCAAGACCCGUGAAGCUGGUUCACGCCGUGCGCUCGUUCUCGGAGCUGGUACUGGCUCUUUCCUGUUUGUGCUAUUUUGUAUCUUUGCAUUUGCACUUUGGUAUGGCGCAAAAUUAGCAAUUGAUGAUACGCUCAAGGGCUUCCGUGUCAUGAUUUCGUUCUUUUGUAUACUCUUGGGUGCCAUAUCCUUGAUGAAGCUUCCAGAUCAAAUAGCCGCAUUGUCUGCAGGCCGAGGAGCUGCCUAUACAAUCUUUGCAACAAUCUCGCGGGUGCCAACUAUCGACACGGAUUCAGAUGCAGGACUAAAGCCGCGACAACUUUCAGCCUGCAUUGAGUUCCGGGAUGUCAAGUUCAGCUAUCCAACACGACCGGAUGUUCCGAUUCUCAAGAACCUUAAUCUCACAAUCAAACCUGGUAUGACUGUUGCUUUUGUCGGCCCAAGUGGCUCGGGGAAAUCGACCAGCAUUCAACUUUUGCAGCGCUUCUACGACCCUUCCUUUGGACAAGUGUUUUUGGAUGGCCACGAUCUCAAGGAUCUCAACGUGCAAUGGCUUCGCUCUCAAAUCGGUGUGGUGAGCCAAGAACCUGUGCUGUUCAACAUGACGAUCCGUCAGAAUCUGAUGCUCGGUAUCGAUGAUACAAUUUCUCAAGAUCAAAUUGUUAGUGCGUGUCAGAAAGCCAAUUGUCACUCCUUCAUAUCCAAUUUGCCCAAAGGAUAUGACACAUUGGUCGGUGAACACGGUGGUAUGAUGUCUGGUGGUCAAAAGCAGCGUAUUGCUAUUGCGCGAGCAAUUCUUAAAAAUCCGUCUAUUCUUUUGCUUGAUGAAGCAACAUCUGCGCUGGAUACCCAAUCGGAGCGAUUAGUACAGCGCGCUUUGGAUGCUGCAUCUAGUGGUCGAACUACAAUUGUCGUCGCCCAUCGUCUUUCCACUAUCCGUAACGCAGACCUUAUCGUUGUGAUGCAUCAAGGCGAGCUUGUAGAGCAAGGCACCCACUAUCAGCUUGUGCGAUACGGAGGCAUUUACGCGGAACUGGUGCAAAAACAGCAAAUUGCGACGGAACAAGAAGAUCGGCUCGAUGAUUCGGAUCUAUCAGAAGAGAUGUUACGUUUAGAAAGCAUCAGGUUCCGCGAACGAAGUAGUCAAGAAGGAGCAACCAUUCAAAUACCUACCGACGAAUUCUAUACCACCGAAGUUAAUCUAGUCCGCAGAAGCACCACAACAUCCGUUGAUGCGUAUGAGCUCAAACAGAUGAAGAAUAAGCAAGAACUGAAGUUACGACGACAGCAAGAUGCACCUAUUGGCAAGAUAUGGCUACAAGUACGGACCGAGUGGCAUCUUUUGGCUUCAGGUUGUCUUGGUGCUUUAAUUGCCGGUGUGGUAUAUCCACUUUUUGCGUUCACUGCCGGCAAGUGUAUUUGGGUCCUUAUUCAACCGAGAGAGCAAAUUGCCCCUGGUCCUUUCGAAGGAGCCAAUUACUAUGCAUUCCUGUUCCUUGUGUUUGCUAUUAUUGCAUUCGUUGGUUAUGGCCUUCAGAACUGGAUGUUUGAACUGGUGGAUGCUCGUUGUACUGCACGGCUUCGAGCGAUGCUCCUUCGUGCCUAUUUAAAACAAGAAAUCGGCUUUUUCGAUCACGAGGACAACAGUGCUGGUUCCCUGGCUUCCAAGCUGGCAGCAGAUACCAAGAACAUGAACGAAAUGGUGACCAAGGUGCCUGGCGAUAUCAUGCAGUUUAUCUCAACAACAGUUUGCGGUUUGGCGAUUGCUUUUGCGCACGACUGGGCUUUAUCCCUUAUUGUUAUUGGUAUGUCACCUUUCCUCAUGGGUGCCAGUUUUUACGAGGCUCGGCUAGAGCGAGGCUAUCAAGAUAAGGCUGCCAAAGCGCAUGAACACGGAUCUGUGAUUGCCAGUGAAGCCAUCAAAGAAAUCCGUACUGUUGCUGCACUCGGAAAGCAAGCUCACUUUGAGUCCAAGUUCGCGAAAACACUGGAAAAGCCUCACCAACUGGCCAGGCGCAAGGCAUUUCUUUCAUCUCUCGGCUAUGCCCUGUCAGAAGGUUUUGUUCUCUACGUUGCAGCCGUCACCUAUGCGUCUGGUGUCAUGUUUAUGCAACAAGGACGAAUUGGAUUCGAUGAUCUAUUUAUUUGUUUGCUGACGCUCAUGAUUUCGAUGCAAGGUGUCGGUCGAUCCAGUGUAUUUGCUACAAACUUUAUCAAGGCCAAGACCGCUGCCAUUGGUGUUCUCGACGUGAUCGAACGACAAUCCUAUAUUGAUCCGGACCUUGAAGGCAUCGAAAUGGCUACUGCAAGUGUUGCAGGCGAUGUUUCUUUUAAUAACGUUGGCUUUUGUUAUCCCACUCGCGAAGAACCUAUAUUCGAAGGCGCGUUCAAUUUACGAGGCAAAGCAGGCCAGACGAUCGCCUUGGUAGGCGGAUCCGGAUGUGGAAAAAGCACCACUAUUGGAAUGCUGCAGCGCUGGUACGAUCCUACAAUGGGUAACGUGCGCCUGGACCACCACGACGUCAAGAACUUUACUUUGGGUAACCUGCGCAGUCACAUGGCUUUAGUGGGUCAAGAGCCAGUGCUUUUUGACAUGACGAUUGGUGAGAAUAUUCGAUUUGGCGUUGACGAAGAUCACUUUGUUACCCAGGAUCAAGUUGAAGAAGCCUGCCGCGCCGCUAAUAUCCACAAGUUUAUCUCGGAAUUGCCGGAUGGCUAUGACACACGGGUCGGUGACAAGGGCUCGCAAUUGUCUGGUGGCCAAAAGCAGCGUAUUGCGAUUGCUCGUGCAUUAAUACGUAAACCCAAGGUCCUUUUACUGGACGAGGCUACUUCUGCUCUUGAUUCCGAGUCUGAAAAGCUUGUUCAAGAAGCCAUUGAUAAUAUCGUUAGUGAAGGUGGCCGCACGACCAUCACAAUCGCACAUCGUCUCUCAACUAUCCAGAAUGCCGAUUUGAUCUGUGUCAUCAAGGAGGGCCGAGUGUUUGAGCAAGGAACCCAUUGGGAGCUUUUGGAACUAAACGGGGAGUAUGCCUCGCUUGUACGGGAGCAAUCUUUAAUCGUUCAUUAG